UAAUAAUGUUAAUGAUAAUAGAACUGCUAAUAAAAGUAACACAGCUAAUAAUAAUAAUGCCACUAAUGAUAAUAAUAUUACUGAUAAUCAUGAAGCUCCAAAUGAUUUUUGUGAAGUUGCUCUGGUAGUUGAAGCUUUGUUAAUGUGA